AUGUUGAAAUCGCUAGCACAGCUGGAGACUGCUCUCCAGGCAGUUGUGGAGGAAUCCAAACAACACGACAACGCCGCAUCUCUUGCAUCUCUUCGAAGAGUCGAUCAAGCAUGCGAUCCAGAACUGACGGCGACAGCAAGCCGUAUAGUUGAUUUAGCAAAUAAGGUCAUUCAGUCUCUUGAACCAGCCCACUUGGCCCUCGCUGACCAUUUGUUCGCAUAUCAACACACGCAGUGUCUGGCUGGUGCUGUGGAGUUGCGAAUUCCGGAUCACCUUGCUGCUGGUCCCCAGAAGCUGGAUCAGCUGGCAAAAAUCAGCCAAGCACGCCCUGAUCGGCUGCGUCAGGUCCUCCGACUGUUGUACAAUGACGGCAUCUUCGAGUAUGAUUCGGAUACCGACUCCGUGAGGAACAAUGAAGCAUCUGAAAUGCUGCAGCAAGACCACUGGACGCAAUGGCACCGCUGGGCUAGUGUUUGUAGUCGAGAGUUCUAUGAGAUGGCUCAGGGGCUUCCAAAGGCGCUCGCACAGGGAGUCACUCGCUCUCCGGCUCAGAUGCAUUACGACACAGACGAGAGCAUGUUCGGCUACCUGGAGCGCAAUGGAACCAUGGUCCGCCUCAGAGAAUGUAUGGGGGCAACAGCCAUGGCCCAAACUCCUGGCAUGAUCUCCGCUUACCCAUGGGGUGAGCUUUCAGGGACUACCCUGAUCGAUCUUGGGGGUGGCGAUGGUUCCCUGAUAGCAGCACUGCUUCGAGCAUUCCCUACCAUCCAAGGAGGGGUCUUUGAUACGCCUCGUGUGCUCCCAUUUCUCCAGGAUGCCUUCCACACGCCGAAGGGAAAGUAUGCCGAUGUUGGUUCCCGUAUCUCCCCUGAAAGACUAAUUGCAGGUGACUUUUUGACUGAAGUCGUACCCGCGGAAGCCUAUGUAAUGCGCUGGUGCUUACACGACUGGAACGAUGAGCAGUCUUGCAAGAUUCUACGGAAUAUCCGCAAGAGUAUCAUUGCUGGACCAAUUAGUCGACUUGUGAUAUUAGAAUCCGUCUUGGCCGACGGUAGAUGUGGCCGGAUGUCUCGAAUAGGCGAUAUCAAUGUCAUGGUUACUGCUGAGCAUGGCCAGGAGCGAACCGAGAGCGAAUGGAGGCAUCUGGCUGGCUGUACAGGCUGGGACGUGGCCAGUGUCACCUCCCUACCAGGCGCCUGGCCCUCUGCCAUAGACUUACGGCCAGCAGCUGGUUGGGAAAAUUGCUGA